UCUGCGCUGCCAUUGGUUGUGGUCGGACAGCAGGCUUGGUCUCCGCCAACCGCCGCCAGGUUUGAAUUUUGAGCCGAGGGAAGGAUCGGGACUAUAGCAGCCGGAGCGGGCGGUGAUCUCAUUGUACGAUGGACAACUUGGGAGAGAAGAGGGCAGCAGCAGCAGCCAAGAUGGCCUCCCGUCUGCCUGUCCCACCGAGCAGAAAAAGAGCUUUGAGUGAUGAAAACGUGGAGCAGAUGGCAAGGGUAAAAGAGCAGGGGAAGAGAUCCAAAACCACCUCCCCAGAUGACACAAUGACUACAGUACAUGUGGCAGCAAGCAUUGCCACAUCUAAGCCUCGUUCCGCUGUAGCAGCUUUUCCGAAGCCGCCAGUUAUAGGACGGCAAACAUUGGCAGUUAUCAGGCCCAAGAAUCGGAACGUUGGGGUUAACUCUGCAGCAAACUCUGCGAAAUCUCGACUCAAUGUGUCAGUACCCUCUCAACCAUCGACCACUGCAGCUGAUAAAAAGAAACGUGCUGCCUGGGAUCUUAAGGGUCAGGUUAAUGACAUGAAGGACAAAGUCACAACCUUCAAGAGUAAAGUACAGACGCUGUCAGGGGAGAAUGCUCGUCUUCUAACCACCAGAGAGCAGUUACAAAGACAGACGGAGGCCCUGACCUCUGAGAAUUCCAAGCUGAACCAAGAGCGACAAACACUUGCAUCAAAGCUGCACACCGAGCAACACAAAACAGCCACAUCUGAAAAGGAGAUUGCCCGUCUGACUGAGCUUUCUCAGAAGCUGGAAGUGGAGCUAACUGCUCAAAAAAACCUCUCUGAAGAUUUACAGGGAGCAAACCACAGUCUGACACUACAACUGAAAGAUAAGGAGGUUAAACUGCUAUGUGUGCAGGGAGAGAAUACUGUGCUGCAAAACACAGCGAGGGACCAGAGUCAGGAGAUUGCUGCUCUUAAGUCAACAAUUGAACAGAGAGAUACACAAAUCCACACUCUGGAGACUGAACGAAGACGCUUGCACAACAUGGUCCAGGAACUGAAGGGGAACAUUCGCGUUUUUUGUAGAGUUAGACCAACUCUGUCCACUGAGAGGACUCUGCCGGCCAGUCAUAUUGGCUAUCCAGCAAACGAUGAGAAGGCGAUUAUUUUAUCAAAAAUUGAAGAGUCUCACGUUGGACGAGAAAAAAAAGAAGCCGUAAAGUAUGAUUUUAACUUUGACUGCGUUUUCCCCCCGUCCUGCACUCAAGCCGCUAUCUUUGAGGAAAUCUCAUUAUUGGUCCAAUCAGCUCUGGAUGGAUACCCAGUGUGUAUAUUUGCGUAUGGCCAAACCGGCAGUGGAAAGACAUACACUAUGGAGGGGCCUGAUGAUCUUUCGAUGAACACCAUGGGAAUGAUUCCCAGGGCUAUCCAACAAAUUUUCCAGAGUGCGGAGGAGCUGAAAACUAAAGGAUGGCAGUACAAGUUCACUGCCAGUUUCCUAGAGAUUUAUAAUGAGACUUUACGGGACCUGCUGGUGAGCCGUCCAGAUAAGAAGCUGGAAUACGAUAUCCGAAAGGUCAGCACGUCGAACAACAGCGUGUAUGUGACCAAUCUGCGCUAUGUGGAGGUCUCCAGCGAGGAGGAGGUUAAUGAACUUCUUCUGAUGGCAAAGGCAAAUCGAUCUGUGGCAAAAACUGCCCUCAAUGACCGUUCAUCUCGCAGCCACAGUGUAUUCCAGCUGAAGAUAGAGGGCGAGAACCUGACACGGGAUAUCAGGACAUCAUCGGUGCUGAGUUUAAUUGACCUUGCUGGGAGUGAGCGUCUGGAUCGGUCACUUUCAACAGGAGAUAGACUAAAGGAAACACAGUCUAUCAACACAUCCCUUUCCACCCUUGGAAUGGUCAUCACCUCGUUGUGUAACAAGGAUUCUCACAUCCCUUAUAGAAAUAGCAAGCUCACUUACCUUCUGCAGAACAGUUUGGGUGGGAAUGCCAAAGUACUGAUGUUUGUCAACAUCUCUCCACUUGAAGAAAACUUGGCAGAAUCUCUGAAUUCACUUCGGUUUGCCAGCAAGGUAAAUGAAUGCGUAAUAGGCACAGCGCGCGCCAACCGCAAGUGAACUGGACCAGAUUUUUUUUUUUUUCUUCAUGUCUAGAAUUGUUUAUAUGCAAAUAAGGGUGAAC